ACAUUCAAAAAUAAUUAUUUUAAGCCCAUUUUUACUUAUAAUUAUUUCAUAUUUAAUUCUGGCCAUCCCAUCUUCCCAUAUUCUUGCUUCCUGGCCCAGGAUUUAAAAGUUAUUUUGGAGAUUGAGAGGAAAAACGAAUUGCGUUUUGGUGUUCUGUAUUGAAAAAGAAUGGGGCAUUCUGCAGCAGUUUGGGACCAUAGAGCAGCAAUCGAAGUGACAAAGGACUGGAAUGGGAUCGAUCAGGUGGUGCUUCGAAAUCCUCAGGGGGCAUCUGCACGGAUUAGUUUGCACGGAGGACAGGUGAUCUCGUGGCGGAAUGAUCUAGGCGAAGAACUUCUAUUCUCCAGCAGUAAGGCCAUUUUUAAGUCCCCAAAAGCGAUGCGUGGAGGAAUUUCUAUUUGCUUCCCCCAGUUUGGAAGCUGCAGUUCACUUGAACAACAAGGAUUUGCCAGGAACAAAAUUUGGACCAUUGAUGAUGAUGCCCCGCCUUUGCUAAAUUUUGAUAUCCGUGGUAAAUCCUUCGUUGACUUGUUACUCAAACCGGGCGAUGAAGAACCAAAAUGUUGGCCUCAUGCUUUUGAACUUCGGGUUCGAGUGUCUCUGGCAUUGGAUGGAAACCUGGCAGUGAUUUCUCGCGUUAGGAACAUCAAUGGGAAACCUUUUAGUUUCUCAUUUGGGUACCAUACAUAUUUGUCCCUU